GUUAGCAGACUAAAGAAUUUAUUUUAGAAAUUUAAAAUUUGGAAACUAUCCAAUUUUUAUUUUUGAGCACAUCCGAAGUCUAGUUGUAAAAUGGUUUUCAUUGGGAACAUUACUAAAUUAUAAAAGAUUUCUAUUAAAAGAUGCCAGAAUAUACUGUCACAUCAGAAAUAUAUGAGGAGUUUGAUUAUAAGACUAAUAUAAAACCAAGUAAAAAUGGACAUGUUAUAUCUGAGUUCCCAUUUUUGUUGCCAUGUGGAAGCAAUCAAGUUCAAUUUGACAAGGAUGAUGAUUUGGAUGUAGAAAGACCACAAAAAGAAGUUAUCAAAAUAGAACAUAGUUCAAAAACUAAGAUAUCACUAGUCGGUCUACAAGUGUGGAGAGGGGCAUUCUUGCUGGGAGAUUUACUUAUACACUUAGGACAAACUGGUCAACUGACUGGCAAAACUUUGUUAGAACUUGGUGCUGGUACCGGUUUAACUAGCUUUGUAGCUGCUAUGUUUGCGAAGAAAGUUGUUUGUACAGAUAUCGAUUUAGGAGGUAUUUUGGAUCUCAUUAAAUUGAAUGCAAAAUAUAAUUCAAAGCUGAUAAAGUCACAGUUUAAAGUGAUGCCGUUAGAUUUUACAAAGUUACACUGGAACAGAGCUUUAUUGGAUGAAAUAAAACAAACUGAUAUUGUAAUAGCAGCGGAUGUGAUCUACGAUGAUGACCUGACUGCAGCUUUUAUUUCGACCGUCCAGAAGAUUCUUAAUACUAACCCGCCAAAAGCCUUAUACAUGGUAUUAGAGAAGCGUUAUGUCUUUACAAUAGAGCAUAUGGACUCCGUCGCGCCUUGCUACGAAACAUUCCUCACACUGUUGGAUAAAAUUAAGACAGAUACUCAUUCCGACUGGAUAUUGGAACAGCUACCUCUCAACUUUCCUAAAUAUUUUACAUACGAUCGUGUUAAAGACCUCGUUUUGUGGAGAAUCUCCUCGAAACACAAUAGUUAAUAAUGCUGUGAUAAUAUAUAAUUCUUAAACGU